CGGGUUUUGCAGAGACAUCCGGAAAACGCAUCCAUGCGCCAGGGCCACUCCGCAUCCCGAAAUGCUUCUGACAACACAAAGCCUGGCUUCAAGGAGCUCCGAUAAGAAACCACACAUGCAAAUCGGCAUGGGUGCGUCAACACGGUUAUUUCGCUGUAUUUUGCGGAUGAGGCUUUGGAGCGCAGUUGUGCAAUGAGACAAUCGGGAAUGAUCAAGUAGACUUUAUUGAUACAUAAUCCGACAAUAUGGCUGAUCAGAGCAACAUCCAGUCUGCCGCCUCCAAGAGUAUCCGGCCCUUUAAAUCCAGUGAAGAAUACCUGUACGCCAUGAAGGAGGAUUUGGCUGAAUGGCUGAACACGCUGUAUGACUUAGAUAUCACUGCGGACACCUUUAUGGAGGGGCUGGAGACGGGCUGUGCCCUCUGUCGGCACGCCAACAACGUGAACCGCGCCGCGCAGGACUUCCAGAUGGAGUAUCCGGAGGCAGCACAGUCCAUGAAAGUGCCAUCCAAAGAUGUUGUCUUUCAGUCGCGCAAUGUUGUGGCCGGCUCGUUUGUGGCGCGGGAUAACGUGUCCAAUUUCAUCACUUGGUGCAGGCAGGAGCUCUGGAUCAAGGACGUCCUCAUGUUUGAGACCAACGACUUGGUGGAGAGAUGCAACGAGAAGAAUUUUGUUCUGUGUCUCCUUGAGGUGGCGCGACGUGGGUCCAAGUUUGGCAUGUUGGCCCCCAUGUUGAUCCAGCUGGAGGAGGAGAUCGAAGAGGAGAUCCGGGACCAGGAGAGCCUGCGGAUCGAUGCAAGGGAGCCAGCUGAGCAGAGCCCGCCCAGCAGGUGCUUCAGUCGCAAGGAGAGCAGUCAGAGUGUGGAGGAUGAAAUUGAACCUGAUCCAGAGCCGUUCAUCUGGCAGCAGAAGAGAGUUUUAUGUGACAUGCGAAAUUUGGAUGAAUUGGUGCGUGAGAUUCUGGGCCGAUGCUCCUGUCCAGCUCAGUUUCCUAUGAUCAAGGUGUCGGAGGGGAAGUACAAAGUGGGAGACUCCAGUGCACUGAUCUUCAUUAGGGUCCUUCGUACUCAUGUGAUGGUGCGUGUUGGAGGGGGCUGGGACACAUUAGAGCACUAUUUGGACAAGCAUGACCCGUGCCGCUGCGCUGCUUUUGCCCACCGUUACCACCAGGCUAAAGCCAGUGGCCAAGGUCAGGGCGGCCAGAGCAAGUCGUCGAGUGCCCACUCGUCCCGCUCCACUAGCCCAGGUCCACACUGGCGAAAUGAUGGCAUAGCUCCUUACAAGCCCCCAGACAGGCGCUCCAUGGAGCCCCCGUCUGCUCCAUGUGCCCCUUCCUCUGCCACACGGCCGGGCCGAUCUCAUAACACUUCUGUCCACACUGAGCCCGACUCCGGCGCAGCUCGUACUCUUCUCCCCCGGCCGCCACGAGACCGCUCAGAACCCCGCCACUUUAAUCCUCUCAGGAAUAAGGAGACAAUGUUGCCAGUGACAAGACGCCUAUCUGGAGACAGUGACUCCUCUACAGCGUCAUCUAAGGGAGGAGGAGGAGGAGGAGGAGGAGGAGGAGGAGGAGGAGGGGGAGGAGGGGGGCGGUACUCUCUUGGUGGUGCCUCACGUCGCUCUGGUGAAGAAGUAGUCUUGCUUGUCAACCGCAAGGAGGGGAAGCAUAUGAUUGAGAGGCCCGGAGCAGGAAGUCAGACCCCCUCCCUGCGUCCCUCACUGCCCCGUGCACGCAGUCAAUCUCGGGAUCGUGCUGCACUUGCUCCAAUACUCAAACCUAACCCACCACAAGGAUCCUCUGAUGGAGCGCGGACGUCUCGCACUGAGAGGGGGCGCUCCCUGGGAAACGAGGGCCCGAGGAGGCUUCAUGCUCCACGUUCACACAGCCAGAGUAAGUUACCUAGCCGUACUCGGUCCAGCGAUGCCAGCCCGAGUCCGGCUUCCUGCUACAGAGACCCUCAGCCCCCACCUUCAGACAGACGAGAGGACCUGCGGGUCAAACAAGUGCCCCCAUCCUCUCCCAGAGUAGGUGGUGGCUUCGCCAGGAGGCAGUCGUCCUCGUGCUCCAACUCACCUAUUAAAGGGGUCCAGAACAACACUAGCGGCCCCAGCAAAAAGACUAUCACUACUCCCAGACCUCCUGCCCCUCGCUCACCCUCCAUAGGAAAAGGUAGACUACUGCCACCGGUAACCUCAGGAGGUCGACGUUCACCACACUCAUCUCCCCGCAACUCUCACCAUCACCCCACUCGCUCCCCUCGGAUGUCACAGGGCCCCCGCUCUGCUGGGCGUGGCCACCAUAGGAACUGGCCCGGUCUGGAGCGCCAGGAGCCUGAGGAGGAAGGACUAGGCUUUGGCUUCCAGAUGCUGCCAACACUAGACCCCCAGAGGGAGCAGGACCUGUAUCGCAGCUUUGAGGCUGAGUUUCUGGCCAAUACACAGCAGGCUAGAGGAGGGUCUAGUAAAGCCCCAGGAGGAGCGAGCCUGCAGGGAGCUGGGACACAUUCAGUGCCAACACUCACUGAUCCUAAUGUCACUGACUCUGCCUAUUCCUCCUCUAACUCCUCCUCAUCCUCCCUGAAUGUGGGGGCAAAGAUAGGAACUCUGCCUGACCUCAGGGAAUCCAAGAGAAAUAAUCCCCGUCACUUCCCACUCGAGGACCCCUUACACUUACAUUAUGGACACAACUUUGGAGGACUACACAACUUUGGUCACGGAGAGCCUGAACACUGGGGGGAACGUGGAAUGGGUCUCAAGAAGUUGCCAGCCAUCUCGAGCUCCAUAGAAGAGAGGGAACUCCCAUCUUCGCUGCCUGGCCUUGGAGACACAGAGUCAGACAAUUUAAUGAAUCAGGUCCCCUCAAGACCUGCUUUCCACUGUAGGAAUAUGAAUGGAGACCAUGGAGGUUAUCCUCCUACCGGGGGGCUGACAGGUCAGCAGGGGGAGCUUGGCUGGGGCACAGGCCCUGAAGGAGAUGUUCCUCUGGAAAAUCACCAGCCAAACUUACCUUAUGACCUUGAAAAUGGUGACGGGAGUGAUGACCUUCCACCCCCAGAGGCUUGCCCAUCACCUGUGCCCCUUCCCCCUUCUGAAGACUGCUCCUUCCAGGAUUCCUCGAGUGAAACCUCUUCCAUGUGCUUCAGCCUGAGCGAAUCCCGCUCUGAGUCCCCCCCACCAUCUUCACCCCUGGCCAACGGAGACACUGAGGGAGAAGUGCUGCAGACUAAGAAAGGGCAGAAGAAGGCAGACAGGGUAGCCCCUAUCUCAAAGCACAAACUGAGAAGCAGAAUCAGGCCUCGCAUCGACAACAGGCCAGAAAACAGCCCCUCGCGUAUCCCCACCCCGGUCAGCUACAGAGAUCUGCAGGCUCACGACACUCUUUCCCCCUGCCACACCCCACCGCUGUCCCCUCAGAGCUCCCAUUCUACUGGUCGUCCGGCCACGUGCAAGAGCCUGCACCAGGCCUUUGCAGAUAUGAUCCAUACUCAGCCACGUUCCCCAGCCAUGGGCAACAAAGAUUGCUCCUACCCUGGACAGUCAGGAAGCCUGGACACUGAAGCUUGGAUGUAGCACAAAACUGAUGGGUAUGACACAGGGGGUUGUUGUCAUGAACUUUGACUACUGUGUAAAAAAAAACAGACUUAAGACUGGGCUAUAGACUGUUUUCAUUGCAUGUCAAACAUCACUUAGUUUCUCCCCUGUAUAACUGCGGGGGGUUCACAUUGCUUUUAUGUUGCACUCAAGCCAAAUUAUUUAUUACCAAAGGAAUGGUCUUUAAUACUACUUUUACUGUUGUUUUUUUUGUAUGCAUGGGGAUGCUUUUGCCAAUCAUGAGGUGUGUUUUCUUUCUUUUCUUCUUUUUUUUUUUUUUUUUGCAGGACA